UUCAUUCAUAAGCAAAAUGUAUCAUCAACAUAAUGGAGGUAAAAUAAUAUCUCGGAGUCCUGAAAAUUUUUCAACUAUAAUUUUUCGUGAUGCCCCAUAAAUAAAUUAGAAAGAACAGGAGAGAGGGGAGAGCCCAUAGCUACACCGGCCGUAAAAGGAUUAAGAACGUCUGGAAUAAACCAAAGCUCGAGAGUACUUUUUUUUUCCUAUCUAGUGAAUUGCAAUGAAACAUUGAAUUGGUCAUGCCGCGCACACAGAACUUAAAAUUUAAAAUAUAUCAACAACCGAGGUGGGUUUUUUUGGAGGUCUCCUCGCUGCCUUUUUAUUAUUGUUAUUAUUUUUUGUUGUUAUUAACGGUGUGGCAAAUAAAAUGAUAAGGCUAAUGACUUGCUUAAUGGGAGCCCACUUUUAUUUGAAAAACAUAUUUGUCUUCAUUGUUCAAUCAGCGUGGGUAUAGGGUGGGCAAGCUUGAGCAAACCUGCUAGUAAACUAUCCCCAGCAUUGGGGUUGAGCAACAUGUCUCAAACAAUCAUUGUCAUUUUUGUCUGUCUUCACGCGUUUGGACGUAAUUUAUUCAGUAAUAAAUGAACAAAGACCGCGCGCGCCAACUUAUCAUGCUUUGUGAUGUCAUCGUGUUCUGGAUCCCAUUUUAUGUAAAGCCGACAUAGCCUUUCUAGAGGUUAAAAAUUUCGCACAAUAACGUUUCCGCCCCAUUACAAAUUGCACCUGCACGAUUUUAGUUUCUAGAGCAUACAAGGCAUUCUCUGAAGUAAUCAUGGGCAUCUUCAGCUCAGUAAAGAAGUCAUAACGUGGGUUAUCAGAAUCAUGAUUUGCUAACUAUAAAUCAAGGAAUCUUUAGCGAUUCUUACAGUUACCUUGUACAGAUCAAAUUUAAAAUCAGCUUCCAUGGAUGCUGUUAAUACAUUGGGGUAUUUUCUUGUACCAAUAGUUGUAAAAACAGUUCUACAGAAGGAACAGGAGUUUGAAGGAGCAGCUUUAACUGUGAAACCAUAUGAGGAAAUCAUGAAGAACGAUAAUCAGGACUAUGAGGUGUUUGAGCUGGUUUCUGCAGAUCUUUGUUUGGAAACUGUGGAACUCCUCACCCGUAGACAAACAAAAACCCUCUUAGACGAAAUUGCUGGCAAAACUGGCAUUAAGUGGAUUGAAGUCAGUGAAACUUUUACUAUGUCAGGAGGUUUCAAGCAAGUGGAGCUGUCCCGUAUCUACUUACAACAGGCUAUAAAUCAAUCUGGUGGAAUAGCAGUGUUCAGUGGCCUGAAAAGAAAAAUGACGCAGCCUCAGAAGCAUGAUGAAAACGAGUCUCAGUUUGGAGGCGAUGAAAACGAUGGAGGUCUGAACCAAGCCAGCACCACGGCAAUUGCUUUGCAAAAUGGGGUGCAUCGCCAAAACCAAGAACCACACAAACCACAGUCCAACCACGGUGCUUCUGUUACAACCCCCGUCAUUCAAUAUUUUGAAGUCGAGCCGAAGUUUAUAAAAGUUUUUUUCAAGGCACAUAAAACUGAAGUAGACCAGAUUGAAGCUGACUAUCAUGUGGGGGUACCAAGAGAGGCCAAAGGAGGCAAAAUCAGCCUAAUACCAAAGGAUGGGUGCAGCGGUGACCAAUACGACGAGGCUUGCGACCUGUUCAUUGACUUGUACCAACAGAUGACGCAGGCAGUGAAGAUGGAACGUUUCUCCCUGAAAAAAGAAAAAAAUGUUGUCCGUACUCGAAAUAAAAUUCAUGAAAUGAGUAAAACAUUUCCAGUCUGUGUUGAGUUGUCAAGGGAUCAAAAGCGCUGGGAGCUGUAUGGAGAAGAACGCAACUUGGAGGCAGCCCUGGAAUUUCUUAGUAAGGAGGAGAUAGAAAUAAAGAGGGAAUCAGGAAAAGACAAGCGUACUGAAGAAUUUCAAGAGUCAAGCCACGAUGAGGAGGAGAUGGAUGUGGACUCUCCAGAUCCUUCCAGAGGGUUCCAAAGCAAAGAUCUACAAGGAACCUACAUAGGUGGUGUCAAACUGUCUGUUUACAAGGGAGAUCUUACCAGUGAACGGGUUGAUGUCAUUGUAAACGCCGCUAACAAUCGCCUGCGACACGAAGGAGGUGUGGCUAAGGCCAUACUUGACAGAGGAGGAAAGGUAAUCGAGACAGAGUCAAACAAGAUUAUAGCAAAACGUAAAUCACUGAAAGAUGGUGAAGCAGUUAUGACAAAUUCCGGAUACUUACCUUGUAAGAAGGUUGUCCAUGCCGUAGGACCAGAUUUCCGAGACGUAGGAUUACCCCAGAGCAGGAUUCUCCUUCGUCGAGUCUGUUUAAACAGUUUAAUCAUCGCACAAGAAUGGAAAAUGACCUCCAUAGCAUUACCAGCCAUUGGCUCCGGCAGUUGUAGCAUGCCGAAAGACGAAUGCGCCAAAGUCAUGUUUGAUGCCGUUGAGGAGUUUGUUAAACAAGGCAACCCAAAGAAGAAAACGAUCACUGAUAUCAGAUUCGUAAAUAUUGACAAUCUCUCAGUUCAAGCCUUCAGGACGGAGUUCAUCUCCAGGUAUGGAUAUAACCAUAACCAGUCCAGCAGUAAAAAGGUGACGGGAGAAAGGUCUAUUAAAGUGUCAAUGCAAAUCUCUGACAACUGUCGGUCAACAAAAAAUUUGUGUGACAUAGUUGGCAGCCAUAAUGACAGCUCUUCUGGAAGAACAAAUGCUUCAGCCAGUCACCCUUUGAGUGGUCCCAAUUCACGGUCUCUUACACCGUCAUUUUACAGUGGCGCAGUGAAAAUAUCUACGAGCGGAGGAACUGAUGCAAGAUCGUUCACAGCUCAAGAGCCUGGAGCUACAGGCAAGACGGGAUUUCAUUUCUCUCUGGGGUCCUCGACGGGCCGAGAAAAUGAAGAUUCUGCUGCUGGCGUAGCAGGCUCAGAAGCUGAAUGCCCCAUUUGCCUCGAUACCGUGACUAACGCAAGGACUUUGAAGUGUAAACACGUCUUCUGUACAGACUGCGUGGAGACUGCGCUAAGGCAUGACAACAGAUGUCCCGUGUGUAAAGAAGUGCAGGGCGUUAUGAAAGGAAAUCAGCCUGCAGGACAUAUGCAAUUUCGCCGAAGAAGUGAACGCCUUCCCGGCUACAAUGAUUGUGGUACAAUCGUCAUCGUCUACUAUUUUCCGCCGGGAACACAAGGCAGGGAACAUCCUAGCCCUGGCCGAAGGUACAACGGCACCCAACGUAAUGCAUAUCUUCCUGACAACCGAGAAGGAAAUGAGGUCCUACAGCUUUUAAAAAGAGCUUUUGAUGCUCGAUUGGUUUUCACUGUUGGAACCUCAGUAACAACUGGA